AUGAAAGAAAAUUUUCAAAAAACUUAUGACCAUGAUUCAGUAUUUUCUGAGUUUUCUGAAGAUACUUUUAAUAGUGAAAUUCCUAAUGUUGAACUUAACGAAGGUGAUACUUAUUCUUCUGAAGAAACUUUUAUUAUAGCAGUUAAAACAUGUGCAAAACAACAAGGCUUUCAAGUUCGUUUAGGAAAAAUUGAGAAGAAUGCUAUGGGUCAAAUACGUAAAAGAACAAUAGUUUGUAAUAGAGAAGGUUUUCCUGACAAAAAUUUAAACGAUCUAAAUAAAAGAAACUGCAUUUCACAACGUUGUAAUUGUGAAUUUAGAGUUCGUGCUUCACUUAAUUCCAGUAAUGGACUUUGGUACCUAAUUUCUGUACAAUUAGAACACAACCAUUCUAUGGUUUCUGGAAUUUUUCACAAAUUUAUGUCUGAAGAAAAGAUAAUUCCAAUUGAAGUUCAAGAAAGAAUUUUACUUCUUCGUCGUGUUGGUUGUAAUGUUCCUACAAUUCGAGCAAUACUGAAAGAAGAAUUUUCAGACAUUGAAUUGGAACAUCUCAAAUCUCAAGACAAUGAAUUUUGUUAUGAAGUUUUAAUAGAUCCUGAAACAAAUGAAUUUAGGCAAGCAAUUUGGAUGUUUCCUGAACAGAGAAUAAACUAUUGCCGCUUUUAUGAUGUAGUUAUUUUUGACAAUACCUACAAAACUAAUAGGUUUGGAAUGCCAUUUGGCAUUUUUACUGAGGUUAAUAAUUAUGGCCAAAUAUUUCUAACUGAUGAAGAUCAAGCUAUUAUUAAAGCAGUAGAUCUUAUUUUUCAGCCGCAUGGAACAAAACAUGCUUUGUGUUUAUGGUAUCUCAUGAAAAAUGUGGUUAAAAACUUAAACGGUAUUUUAGGAUUUAAAUGGGUGGAAUUUAUAAAGUUUUUUUAUCAAUGUAUUAAUAAUUAUGAUGAAAAUGAUUUUUUGAAAAAAUGGGAACAAUUAAAAACAAAUUAUCCAUCAACUACCAAGUACUUAAGAAAAAUGGAUAAAAAUUUAACCCGUUGGGCACCAUGUUAUAACAAGCAAAUAUUUAUGGCAGAUAUGUCUACAACACAAAGGGGUGAAUCUAUGAACAGUUUAAUGAGAGGUUAUAUGGAUGCUACAACAUCUUUAAUAAAUUUCUUAAAAGCAUUUGAAUCAGCAUUAGAACAGAGAAAGGAGGAUGCAGAUUUGGCAAAAUUUUGUGAAGAUAAUAAAGUUGUUUCAUUAUUAACAGCAAAAGAAAUUCCUUACCAUUUAUUUCCUAUAAGAUGGCAAAAAGAUCCUGAUGAUAACAUAUUAGUUAAAAUGUACAAAACAUUUUAUAAUAAUACUGAAGAAAUAGGAAUACAUGGUCAAAUAAAAGCUAAACCCGAAACAGCAAAAAAUUUCUAUUUUUUGCUCGAUAAAUCAGUGAAAGAGGAAAUUUCUCUUUAUGCUUCAGAAAAAACAUCUCAAAAUAAUGAAAAAAUUAAAAAUCCAGCAACAUUGAAAUCAAAAGGGCGUGUUUCAAAAAGAAGAAUUAAAAGCCAGCUUGAAACUGCUAAACCUUCUAAAAGACCUGCAUUAACAUUACAUCAACAAAACAUAUCUCAGACAAGUGAAGUUAAAAAACCAGAAGAAAAAGCAAAUAAUUCUCAAACUCAGCAAAGCCAAAAUAAGAAAUAG